AUGGACAGUCGAGAGGUGGGAGAUUUACUGGACGAGUGCCUCGGGGCAGCAGAAGCAGCAGGUCGGCAGUCCACCGGGGUUUCUGAGGCAGGGCCCACCACACAAGAGCGGCUGAAUUACUGCAGCUGCAGAGACUCGCUGUGUGCCGAACUGGCCUCCCUCCUGCAGGAAGCCAUGGACAUGAAAUGGCCUUUUGCACCGGAGAAGUGGCAGUAUAAGCAGUCUGUCAGCGCCGCUGACAAAACCAACCUCAAUGACCUCAUCAGCAAACACUUGUCUCAACUACUGGAUCUCCUGAAGGCCUGCAUCAGAGCUGAGGAGGCACACUGUGCACUGGCAGUUGUCUUCUUAGUGGACCGUUACCUCUACUGGACUGAUGAUUCAAGCCGUCUGCUGAAGAUUGCCAAGCUUCUCCACAGACGCUACCCCGAGACCCCCAUAGCCCCCCAGCUGGUCAUACGGCAGGCCAGGGUCUAUUUUAACUCGGGAAAACUGCAGAAGGCAGAGUACAUCCUGAGCAGCCUGAUUAACAACAGCGGGACGACAGGUCAUUGGAUAUACCACUCUGAAAGUGACCGGGUGCUCGUGCAGGCUGUGAGUGUUCAAGUGCGUGGCACGAUUUUGCAAAAGCUGGGCCUGUGGUUAGAGGCUGCAGAGCUAAUAUGGGCUUCCUUGGUUGGGUACUACUCGCUUCCUCAACCUGACAAAAAGGGUAUUGGAACUUCCCUUUGUAUACUGGCCAGUAUAUUGGUAUCUAUGAAUAAUGAGGACUUCCGUGCCUUUAGGACUAAUCCAGAUAUUGAUUUUACGUUACUUGGGGAUGGAAAUCAUCGUCUUCUCUCAGCAGCCCAAGCUGCUAAGAUGGCAGUGGUAUACACUCAGUAUACUUCACUGUAUGUUUUGACUAAUGUGACAACCCACGGUACCUGCUUGCUAUCAUACAGUUUCUCUGUGGAGUGCCCAGAUUCUCAAAGACAGUCAUUUCUCCAGCAGGCACAAGAAGCAUUUACAAUUGGCCUUCUCACCAGAGCAGAGGGUGAUCUGGUAACCAGCAAGCAGGAGCUUCAUACCUUUCUAAAAGCUGCCUAUUCCCUCACUGUCACUCACAAGUGGCUUGGAACUCCUUUGGAGGUUGUAGCACAGGCAGUUCAAGCUUGUCAAAAUGCUUUAUCUAGUUUUUACAGUUACUGCCAUGCUGGUACCCAAGACAAAGACAGCCUGUGCACUGAGAUCAUGCACCUGGUCACCCAAGUCAAGCUGCUUCUCCGAGUGGAGCCUUUCCUUAAUUCAGACAAGGGGUCUUUUGUCCCUGACAGCUACAGAAAUGUCAAAGACACCUCUGUAAAUUUUACUCAUGCAGGUUUCGCUAAGAUAAUGAGGCGGUUCCAAAAGUAUCACGAGUCACUGUGUGAGACCACUAACACACACUGUAGGGAUGCUAAAGAUGAGAUAGAGAUGGACAGAGGAAGGCCGUGUAUAACAGCGCUUUGGACAACCACUAGCACACUCAACACAGAGGCUCAGGGAGGCUCACAUUCAUCCAGCGUGCAUAUGCCUCAAAAGCCUGAAAGCACAGAUAUCCUUGGCUCCUCGUGGCAGGAAGUGUCCAUAACAAGUUCAGGCUCUCCUCAGCCCAGCAGAAGUUAUACAGGAAGCAGUGCUAUUGGACAUAGAGAGGGAGCGACCAAUCAGAGCUGUCUACCCACAGAAGAUGAUGAAGAAAGGUCAGACGACAAGUCACAGUCUCCCCAUGAAAACAAGAAGCGAAACUUACAGGGUUGUAACUCUGGUGUCAGUUCUGCACUACCUGCCACUUCCUCCUCCAGCAUGAGCAGAGAUUCAGAAAACUUUCAGAUGAUAAAAGCUGAAAUAGAAACGCUGACCUCUGAAGAGGACGUGAUGUCUGGCGUUGCUGAGGCAAUAGCUGAAGGAGUAGUGCAGUCCUUAUCCCAGCUAUCUAUAACAUCCUCUUGCUCCCUUGGGGACAGUUUCAGUUCCCAGUCAUCAUGGGAAAAACUUUCAGCUGAUCUGAAUUCUCCCACAUACAGGAAACCACAACCAAGUAGUAUUUCCAAAGCAGGAGCUUGCCAAAACAGCGAUUCACCAGAUUCAGAUGGGAGCUUCUUCAUUUGUGAAACGGUCGAUUUUGAAACAGAUGAUUCCCCUUCUGAUCACAUGAGCAAAAACCAGAAAAUACGUGCUUUAUUAAAACCACAACUGAUCAAAAGCCCCAAAGUUUACCAAAAUGCGGAAACUGAAGUACAACCUGCAACAAACAGCACUUUAGCAAUGCAAAAUAGUCAAUCUCAGGCUGUCACAGAACUGUUACCUGUCACUGAAACCUCUACAAAGAGUUCAUUUGGAGUCCUGGAGGUAAACCAAAGUUGUUGUCAACAAACUGAGGUGCAGAAUGUGCCCCAGAAGAAGAACUCCAUGUGCUACAGCUGCCUAGACCCAAGCACUGUAGCUGAUGUUGUCCCUAUGAAACCCUUCUUGUUGUCACAAUGGGAUUACCGAGCCCUUCUGGCUGGCAUUUGCAAUGAUUGUCUGCUGAAGAGGUUGCACAAUGAUGAGAAAAAAUUCAAGUUGGAGCAGUACAAAACUGCCCACAGUGCUCUCCAUUUAAAGUUCUCCAAGGCCACCGGACUGUGGACAGCCAUGGAAACUUGUGUUUACAUUGGUGACUCAAUGGGGGAGAAGGGCGCGCAGAGAACAACAAUAUGGGUGCAGUUUUUACACCAGGAGGAGCGGCUAAGCAAAUAUGUGGGGAAAGAUUACUUGAAGCCAAAGCUGAUCCAGUUUCCUCUGAAAGAUGUGGAGCGACAGAUGACAGCCCAGUACUAUGUGACUGAAUUCAACAAAAGUCUCUACGACAAAGAAGUUAUGGCUCAGAUCUUCUUUAUUCCGUCAGAAGCCCUGUUGAUUCUGGAUGGAGAUGAGAUUGUGGGCUGUGUAACCGUGGAGCCCUACAUGCUUGGAGACUUUGUCAAACUGACCAACAACACUGAAAAGAAGGAGAAGAUGUUCCAUGCUACAGAUUAUGGCCUCGCAUUUGGACACUUCACCUACCUGUUCUCUGGUGGCCAGGAAGUCGUUGUAGAUUUACAAGGAUGGGUGACAGCCAACGGCAAAGGACUGACCUACCUCACAGACCCACAGAUUCACUCCACCAGGAUCCCUAAGGGUCCUUCUAACUUUGCUGCCAGAGGGCUCAGUUUGUUCCUGAAAUAUCAGCAUGGACCUGAGUGCAAUCAGAUUUGCCACCUGCUCAAACUACCUCCACUGGACCCAAACUCAAACGUUUCUCCUCAAAAACUUUGAGACGUUGGACACUAUUUAUUGCUAUCCACAAAAAACUGAAAAUUAUUUAAGGGGCUUGUUUUGGCAAGUUUUUGGAACUGACUGCUUUUCUUUUUUUAAAAUGUACCGAUAAAUGCACUGUGCACCCUUUUCUUGGAAUGCUAGAAGUGUAACAGAUUUACAAAGAGCUUUUGGGUGCUACAUUUAGUUACAAGAGAGUCACAAGGAAAGAUGAUUUGAUAAGAGAAAAAAUAUUUUUUUAAAGAUGUUAUCCAUCACUGUCUCCUCUCUAUGAGUGGAUUGCUGCCUAACUGGAAAGGGAGUGAAUCACCUGAUGCUGUUUGAAGUGGUUUUGAAUGCUAUUAUGGAAGAUUUUAAGUAGUCUGUCCUUUUACUGGGAUAUAAAAACAUGUUGUGUUUGGGGUCUGGGGCCUUUAUUUGUGGUGCUGUCCCCCAAUCCACUCCUCUUAGACUGAAAAACGAUGCAAUAUCCCAGGGCUGUAAAAUCCCUCUAUUGCUGUGCUUGCUUGGUAAUGUUGCACAACUUGACAAAAUGUCUCAUAAUGCACAUCCGCAUAACCACACAAUGCGUUCAUGCACAUGUGACUCCCACACAAUUCUAAUGACAUGUAAAAUAUGCAAAUAUGUGCAACUGUUGUAUUGUCUUCUUUUCUUGUUUGUAUCACUGCAUAUUUUGUCCUUUUGUAACAAUAUAGAUAAAAAAUUAAUUAACUUUGAUGAUAAAAGCCAGCAAUGUUUAGUGAACUGUAAAAUCUGUGUAAACAGGCUACAUGAAGAUGAUUAUUGUGCAGUCUUCUCUACUGAAAUGUUUUUGGUGCAUAUGGUCCAGUAAAUGAGUGAUAGAUAGAUGUUUGAAAAAGAUACUUUAUUGAUUGCACAAGGGAAAUUGAUGUGUUGCAGCAGCACGAUGAAGGGUACAGUCUACAAUAAACAGCACAGUUAAAAAAAAGGGCCACAGGUGCCUGGUAAGGGCCUUAUACUAUGAGAUAGUGCAGGAAUUUAUAUAUUUACAACAGUGAUAAAAAAACAAAGAAAAAGAAAAAUGAUGUUAGUAAGACUGACGUUUGUAAGGGAGAAGUGCAAAUUGCAUUAAUAAAUAAAAUGUACAAAUUAAAUCGUGAGAAAAAGCUGCAUGAAGGUAUAAUACAAAAAUGUGUUUGGGACCAUACGCCUGACAGGUGUGGCACCUGUCACAGAAUGAAGAGUUGUUACUAUACAACUUUACAGAGAGUGGUAGGAAUGAGUUCCUGCAGCGUGCUUUAUGGCAGCGAGGUUUAUGUAGUGCAGAGACAAUCAACUAAAAAUGGCUUCUGACAACAGAACAGUACCUUGUGUAGCAGAUCCACCAUUAGUUGUGUACCUGUGUGUGUGUUAACAGGUCAAUAAAUGGAGCCCUUUGCAAAGUGCUUUGCAAACUGCCAAUGGGGAAAAGUGUAAUGUAAAUAUAGUCCAUUUAUCUUUACAAGGGGUGUGCAACAUGGUCAAGGUGAAUACAGUAGAAAGACCUGACUGACAUCAUUUCAGUGCGACACAUGACUGCUGCAGGUCUACACCUGUAGGUCAGAUACCCUUGUAACUGUUGGUGUUUGUUCAAUUUCCAAAUGGAAAAUGAUAACAGUAGAAAUGCUCUGCUCGUACACAUUAAAAACAUCUCACAAGGUGCAUUACUGAGUC